AGGAGGAGGAGGGGGCGGGGCCGAGUUUAGCGAACUCCUGCACGGACACCGUGAGCACACCCUGCCGACGAGCCACCCAGUGUCAGCUAACAGGCACAAACAUGUCGGGGAAGAGUUUUCGAGUAAGCGACGGGGACUGGAUAUGUCCCGAUAAGAAGUGUGGAAACGUGAACUUUGCCAGAAGAACCAGCUGUAACAGAUGUGGUAGGGAGAAAACCACUGAGGCCAAGAUGAUGAAAGCUGGAGGAACAGAGAUUGGGAAAACCCUGGCUGAGAAGAGCAGAGGCCUCUUCAGUGCAAAUGAUUGGCAAUGCAAAACAUGCGGCAAUGUCAAUUGGGCUAGGAGGUCAGAGUGCAACAUGUGUAACACCCCAAAAUAUGCCAAGCUUGAAGAGAGAACAGGUUAUGGUGGAGGUUUCAAUGAAAGGGAGAAUGUUGAAUACAUUGAACGGGAGGAAUCUGAUGGUGAAUAUGAUGAAUUUGGUAGGAAAAAGAAAAAGUUUCGUGGAAGGAGCAACAGCACACCUCCCUCAAAAGAAACUGAAAAGAAAGAAGUCGCAAAAGUUGCAGUUGCCGUUGCAGUUGCAGCUGAGGAGGAAGAAGAAGAGGAGGAAGAAGAUGGUGACCUUUCCAAAUACAAAUUGGAUGAUGAUGAUGAUGAAGAAGAAGAAGGAGAUGAUGAAGGAGACCUGUCAAAGUACGACCUGGAUGCAAGUGAUGAUGAGGACAAGCCAGCUAAGAAAAAGAGCAGCCAUUCGGGUUCGUCCCGUUCCGGCUCAUCUUCGCACUCCUCAAGCUCCAGUUCACGGUCGAGGUCCAGGUCCGGCUCUAGAAGCUCAUCCAGUUCCAGGUCUGGAUCUCGCUCGAGGUCCCAUUCCAGAUCCAGUUCCAGGUCUGGAAAGGGCUCCUCUCCCCAGAAGAGGUCCCGCUCACCUUCCUCCUCACCUGAGAGGGGACAGAAGCGCAGUCGCUCCAGGUCCUCAUCUGGAGAGAGAAAGCGGAGGCGUUCUAGAUCACAAUCGUCCGAAAGGCGCCGCGGCCAGUCCUCUGGAUCAUCCGAUUCUGGCUCCAGUUCAAAAAAGAAAUAACUUUAUCACAGCCUUUAAAACAAGUAAAGGAACCUUAGUAGAAAAGUGCAUGUUGUGUUUCAAGGAAAACAACUACAUAAUUUCAGUAUGCUGU